AUGCCAUCCCUUCCACUCCAGGACCAGCCUCCAGCGAAGGGCAACAGAACCGAAAAGCCAGAAUCUCCUGAGAAGAACACCCAAAAGACCAAAAAGCCAAAGGCAAAGAAAACGACGAAGCAAACCAAGAAAAGUGAAACUGCAGAACUUUCCGCAGAAGAAAAGCGAAAGAUCGCAGUUGCUAAGGCCUUGGGGUCAGCAGGGGCUUGUGACACCAGUAGCACCACAAAGGCAAAGGGUAAGACUGAGAAGGAGGUGAAGAUCAAGAAGGGCGACAAGAACCAGACAAAUGCAGAAGAGCUAGCAAAGCCCACAAAGAAGAACCCCAAGGAGGAAGGAGAGAAAGCCGAUGAGAAGGGCGAGAAAAACAGGAGAGCAGCAAAGGAAAAGACCCAGGAGAACGAGAAGGAUGACCAGGUUGAUGAGAAGAACUCUACAAAGUUUGAUGCUGGAAAGACUAAGAAGAUCCGUGCGGAAAAGGAGAAGCCAGAGAAAGAUCAGCCGGAGAAGAAGACAGGCAGAAAGAAAGGAGAUUCCGACGAAGGCGAAGCUGAGGAGAAGAAAGUCAAGAAGGUCAGAAAGGAGGUCUAUGAGGAGAAGGGCAGCCACAAGAAAAAGGCAAAGACUUUGCAGACCGACGAGAAGGACAAGGAGAGCAAAGAUGAGAAGAGUGCAGGUGAAGAUGCGAUGAACCAGGAGGUCAACGAGAAUGGAUCGUACUCACAGGGGACAGAGAUCACAGAUCCUGGGUGUAGCCAGGACCCUGACAAACACCAGACGGAUGAAAAGAAGAAGACCAAAGACAAGAAGGAAAAGGACAAGCCAGAGAAAGAUCAGCCGCAGAAGGAGACAGACAGCAAAGGCAGCAAGAAAGGAGAUUCCGACGAAGGCGAAGCUGAGGAGAAGAAAGUAAAGAAGAUCAGAAAGGAGGUCUAUGAGGAGAAGGGCAGCCACAAGAAAAAGGCAAAGACUUUGCAGACCGAUGAGAAGGACAAGGAGAGCAAAGAUGAGAAGAGUGCAGAUGAGAUGGAUCAGGAAGAGGAGGACGCCGAAGAGCCCAGACGUCCAUCAACGAAGAUGCAGAAAUACCUGAAGAACAAGAAGAACCAGAGAAAGCAGGAGGAUGAUAAGAAGAAAGGUGAUGACAAAGGCGAUGAUUCGGAUGAUGAGGAUGAUGCAGGGAACAGAAAGAAGCCCAGACGACCCAGAGCAAAGCGAAACACACGCAAGGCAGAGACAGGGGCAGACAAGGCAAAGCCCGGAACCAGUGGCCGAGUUGGCUUGCGGGACGACUACUGGAACCACAUCACAAGCGCUAAGCAGCGUUUGAGUCAGGAGCACCCUGACUGGACCAAGACCGAAGUGCUGAAAGCGGCACGUGCUGAGUGUGGAAAGUCCAUCCUACAAGGGUGA